AUCUACAUUCGAGUAUAUAAACAUGCCAAUCAAAGCUAUACCUAAGAUAUCGUUGGCACGUAAUGGUGUUGGUGCAUUUGUUGCCCCUUGUCACAGAAUCACUGUUCAAUACUGUAAUUGGGGUGGUUCUUCUACAGGAUUACGUCAAGUUUUAUCCAGUGGACAAUUAGACCAUAUUGCAAGACAAAAGAAGUAUACCUUCUUUGAAGUUGUGAAAAAGUCAGGACAUCCAUCCUUGACCUUCCACUAUAACAAUGAUACCACACAAGUAGUGGAUAUUGCUAAUUUGGAUUCAGAAAAGAUUGUGGAAAAGCUUGAAGAAUACAGUCAACGUUCAGGUAAUAAGUUGAUCAAAUUCAACCAUAAGGUUAUGUCUAACAACGACUCUGUUAGAGGUAUCUGGUCACCAUUACAUAUGCCAAAGGGACACAGACACAAGAUUUAAGUUAAAUUUCACAUACGGCAUAUUUUUUUCUGUACAUAGCACACAUUCUAAUAAAUAUCAAGGGGUUUUAGUGAAG